AAAAAGCGCCCUCUGUGUGUGGUUGAGGAAGUAAAAACUGCAGCUGAGUGAAAUUUUUCUUGUGCAAAAUUUGUAUUUAUUAUGGCUCAAAGAUGUAUUUUAUCACUCUCACGGCAUUUACAAUUAAGUAGAUUAGCAGCACCGGCUUAUCAAACGACUGGUCUCUUUAAAUCACGCCAAUUUGCCAGAAAUAUCACCGUUCAAACACGAAACUAUGCUGCCGAAGUGAACAAAUCAAAUCAGGAAGGACAACAGUCAGGAGGGCCACAAUUGCUGAGCAAACUCUUUCCUGCAACAGCUGUUCCGGAAAAGAAUCAGCAGGAAUUGGAGCAGGAGCAGAAAAAGCAGGAGGAGGAAAAGAAGAAGGAGAAGGAAAAGUCAUGGAAGCACAUGAAGAUUGGAUUUAUUGUAUUUGGAACAUCAGCUGGGAUGCUCGGGGUUUGGGGUAUAUACGACCUUGGGGCACCGGAGAGAGAUCCCAGUGGGAAGGAGAUUGAAGAUGAAUUCAGCAAAAUGCCAAUGGUGCAGCAGUACUUCCGGAGAAUGUGGAAAAAUCUCACAUACUACCAGAAGAUGAUUCAGGAGCCAUCGCGCGAGAAGCUGCUGCCGGAUCCUGUGAAACCACCGUACAUCCAACCACCAUAUACGCUUGUUCUGGAAAUGAAAGAUGUUCUCGUGCAUCCAGAUUGGACAUACCAAACGGGGUGGAGAUUCAAGAAGCGUCCUGGUGUGGAUAACUUCCUGGAACAGCUGGCACGACACUUUGAAAUUGUUGUCUACACCGCAGAUCAGGGUAUGACAGUCUUCCCCAUUCUCGAUGCUCUGGAUCCCAAUGGGUACAUUAUGUAUCGAUUAGUGAGGGAUGCCACGCACUUUGUGGAUGGGCAUCAUGUAAAAAAUUUAGAUAAUCUCAAUAGAGAUUUGGCCAAGGUGAUUGUCAUUGAUUGGGAUCCGAAUUCAACGAAACUUCAUCCGGAAAAUACAUUUAACAUCAGCAGAUGGACAGGAAAUGACGAUGAUGCGACUCUCUUUGAUCUCGUUGCCUUCCUCAAGACAAUCGCCAUUUCGGAUGUAGAUGAUGUCCGGGAAGUUUUGCAAUACUACAGACAAUUUGAUAAUCCUCUGGGGCAAUUUAGGGAGAAUCAGAAAAAGUUCUACGAAGAGCAACAAGAGAAGGAACGUGAGGAGUCUGUUAAACCCGUAGCACCAGUGAAGAAGUGGACACCGAGUUUUCUCGCCAGUAAGUAGCUUCAAGAUUUCCAUAUUCCUCGCAUUUGAGACAGAAAGCAAAUAAAAUGAGAAAAAAGCUAAAAA